GAAGACGGCUCGCUGCACCCAAGGUCCAACAAACGACAGAAAGUGCAAACCAUGAUAAGUUUAAGGGUAUUGUUAAGCCAUGGUACAAGGAGUUCCCUGAAACCAUGUGGAAUAUUUCCGAGGACGCCCUUGAGACUCUUAAAAAGAAGGUGUGUAUUUUCAUUAUCUUUCCAUAGUUAAUAUAUACAUGUUUGGUCCAUGUUUCUUUAUUAUCUAUGUGCUUGGCUUUGAAUUAUUAGACCAUCAUUGUUUUACACCUUCGAAUAAUCGUCAUUGUAAGGACCGUGAGCUGAAUCAGAGUAGAUGGAGCACCGACACGGACUUCGACAGUAGCUUUGCAGAGUCCAUUGUGUUUGACAAGAACCUCUACAAGUAUGGGAUUUUAGGCUGCAAGACCAAUGUGGAUAAGAUUAUGAAUGGGGGUGCCAUAUCUGCUUGUCACAGAGACAAAAUUAUCCGUUGUCUUGGAAAUAUAGAAGAUGACAUUAAGCUAGGAAAGUUUGAGUGGAAUGAUGGUGUGGAUGUACAUACAAAUAUUGUGAAAGCACUUGCUGAUAUGGUUGGACACAUACCAAAGGAUCUAGUCAUAACAAAUAAAUAUGACAAUUGUCUCAUGAUCCUCGAAAUGUGGUGCAAGACCUACAUCGAUCAAAUUAGGACACAGAUGAAACAAUUUCAGGUUGCUCUAGUUCUCUUGGCACUAAGAAAUGAUUGCUUGGUCUUUCCGAGUGGAAGAGAAGUUUAUGACAAUACGUUGCUAGAGACUCUUGUUUUACCAAGUCUUAAAAUGCUAGAGCAUGAUGCAUCAGAUCUUUCUGCCUUCCUUGUUUUCAUUUAUUCAUCAAGUGAUGGUGUCAUUAAUCUCAGGAACAGUUCUAAACUGUGCAGACUUUCAGAGGAUUUUUCGGUUUCCAAAUGUUCUACCAUCGCUGAUUUUGCAAGAUCAAUCAAUUAUGGCAUUCCUGGCCAUCUACUACAAUUGCUUGAGAAGUUUUUUUCAUGGAGGAAUUGGCCAUUAGUCACACCACAUGGUGAAGCAGCAACAUAUGAGAAAAUGCUUAGAAAAUUCACUAUAGAUGAACAAACGAGGGAAAACAGACACUUAGCUUUGUUAAAAUGUCUAAACAUUGGAAUCAGUGAAUCACCUCAAGAUUGUGAAAUCCAGGAUGCUAAGUACCAUUUAUUUUCUAGUGGUGAAGUUGUGCUAGAAAUGAUCAACGUGUUCAUAAAAUUUGUGGAAAAUAUGUCCGUUCGUCUGGAAAAGGUGCAAAUUUCCCAUCCAAGAGGCUACGAUGAUGUUCUGGGAUUUGCGCAUUUCCUGACUAGCAAGGGUAUUACUAUGGAAACCGCAUACGGCGUGGUUCAAUUGUGCCUGGAGAACCAAGUCCAACCUUCGGAGCUCAACCUAGAGGAACUGGCACGAAUCGAUUGCCCUUGCGAGCGUGCUCAUGUCCUAUUGCAUGUUAAGAGAAACACGAUUAAAUCUCGGAAAUCACAUGAAUGUUUCAACAAGACAAAGUGGUACCACUCUGAAGAGCCUGGCCUAACUAUAGAGGUUCUUACAGCAUCUAUAGCCGGGCACCCCAAAUCCGCCUCAAACGCCUGGGCGGACGGCCAGGUCAGUGACAGCUCACAAAAGACGACUCAAACGGGCGCCUCAAAUGAGCCUCAAAUGUUCGGGCUGGCUGACACCCCUUGUAUCCAGCCCAAAUGA